CUUCUGAGCGUGUACCGCGACCGGCGGACGUUCGAGCAGAGGCACAUCGUUUUCACCAGCCAGGCGCAGCUGCUGGACGACGGCUUCGGCCUCCGCCUGUGCGCGGGCCCGUGGCCAGCCAGCGGCAGCCCCGCGAGCUCGCCCCGGCGGGAGAGGAUGGUCCUCGUGAGCGGCGUCGGCCCCUCCGGCCUGGCCAGGGACGCAGGAGUCUUGCCCUGCGACAUCUUGGAGGGCUCAGACUUCAUGUGGAGGGUGCCCAUGUCCGCCGAGCUCCGCCCGCGCCCGUGCCCCUCGUCGGAGGAGGUGUUGUGGGCUAGGGACGAGGACUCUGCCAUCACGCUCCCCAGCUGGGCAUUCCCGCUCAGACUGAGAUUCUCCAGACCAGCGCACGCCAGCAUCUUGGCCUCCGACAGCUGGAGAUUUAUGGACCUCUCCGCAGGCUGGGCGCGAGCGGCCGCGCCGCCGCGGUCGUGCGGCGGCGAGGACGGCUGCCACCGGGCCGGCGCGGACACCGCCGAGGGCCAGGGCAGCGACAACAACCGCGUGGACACCGCCGAGGGCCAGGACAGCGACUACAACCGCGUGGACACCGCCGAGGGCCAGGGCAGCGACGACAACCGCGUGGACACCGCCGAGGGCCAGGCCGACACCGCCCGCCGCGUGGACACCGCCGAGGGCCAGGACAUCGACGCCAGCCGCGUGGACGCCGCCGAGGGCCAGGACAGCGACGCCCGCCGCGUGGACACCGCCGAGGGCCAGGACAGCGACGCCCGCCGCGUGGACACCGCCGUGGACACAGCCGAGGGCGACUCGGGUGAGUCCGAGAGUCAGGGCAGCAGCGUCGGCGUCGCGGACGAGGACCUGGCUGGCGCCGAGGACGAGGGCGAGAAACGAUUGGGCGCGUGGGACCCCUCGGACCGCGCGUCGGACCCCGACGAUUCCGACACCGAGUUGGAGACCGUCCUGACUCCAGAGGAAAACUACCACCGCGACUUGGAGCUUGCCCUGGCCUUGUCAAAGCAUGAUCACGCGAGCGUCGAAGUGCCCGAGCUCAUUGUCAUCGAGGACGCGGACUCCGAUCCGUACCUUCAGUCGUCGGGCUCCACGUGGGCCCCCGCGGGCCCGACGGCCCAAGUCUCAGCCCCGAGCUGCCCGCAGCAGCCAGCCGAGGCGCCAGCUCAGGCGCCAGCGCAGGAGCCAGCGCAGGAGCAGCAGGAGCCAGCUACGGCCGACCCGUACGCGGACGUUGAGCUCGCAGACACAUCGGGGCCGAUCGAACCCGAUGAUCAUCUGCCCUGGCUGACGGACCGUCUUCCAGGCACGUGCACGCAGAUGGAGUUGGACCAGAAGAAGGCGGAGUGGGAGGCCCAGCACACGGAGGCUUACGACGCGGACUCUUAUUUCAGAGCGUUGGCCAGCAGACUGAACAUCGACGGGGCCAGCAUCGACUCGCCGCCGCCGAAACGUCGGCCCGCGUGGGUGGAGAUGCCAGGAGACGAGCACCACCCGCUGCAGGAGAUGGGGCAGAUAGGAGUCUUGGCACUGGACUUCGCCGACUCCUCCGAUGAUAUCGAGAUGCGAACGGAGCCCAUCAUGAUGCCUACGGAGCCCCUUGACAAAUCAGAUCUCGUCGAGGCCCUGAACUUGGAGAUGGAGAGGCUGCAGAACGACGCCACGACAAGCGACAGCGUAGACGCUGCCGAGUUCACGAUGACGUCCUUCUUCCAGAGCGAGCUGAUCCGCAACGUCCACAAGGCUCGGAAGACCAAGCCCGAUGAGGAGGAGCCGAAGAUCGACCACCCCGACACGCAGCUCUGGAGCAGCCUUCGAGAGCGAGGGUUUGCGUUCUCAACCGAGAAGGUGAAGGGCAACCCCAUGGCAGGUAGAUGGGGCCGUGCGCUGAACGCCGACAAGAAGCUGAAGCAAGACUACAUGAAAGCGAAGGGCUACGUGAACAAGCAGAACUUUCGUGCCAAAUGGGCCGAGGGCGAGUAUGAGAAGUGGGAUCACGAGCACAAGCAGACGACUGAGGAGCGCCGCGUGCUCUCGGAGAUCAAGGACGCUGAGUGCAUGACUUUGGGAAGGGUCGCAUGGAAAUGCGGCGGGGGAAGGUCUGGCAUGCGCCAGGCGCAGAACUACUGCAGGAAGGCGGUGCUCAUGGGCGGCAUCUGGUGCAAGUGGGACGACAUGACGAGCACGCUGCUGUUCCUGUGGACCACGCACAAGCUCCGCGACACGUGGUCGAGGCCGCGGUCGAGUUUCGAGUCCUGGACCCAAGCUGCUGCCGUUGCCGAUCAGCCCGCAGCCGAUCGCCAAGCGCAGGACCAGGCCACUCCGCGGCCGUCUGGCGCCGACAAGAAGGACGGCCUCCAGCACUCCGAGCAGAAGGGCGCCAACCGCAAGAAGCGCGGUCGGGCCGAGACGGGCGGCGACGGUGGCGACUGCAACACAGAGGGCACGAGGGUGACGAAGAAGGCAGCCGACUGGCUCACCGCCGUCAGGAAGAUCCGCACCACGUACGUGCAGACCAUGGCCCAGGUCAACACGCUGAACACCCUCAUCAACAAGGAUGUGAACUGGAAGUGGGCGAAGGGUAAGGAGGUCCGCGGUGACUUGGAUAAGAUCGACGACCUGGUCAUGGGAAGGGUUGGGCGGGCGGCGAUCACUUCUUUCUUGAAGAACCCAGAGUCCUUCGAGUAUGAUCUAGAAAUGGAGGACCCCGUAGACUCGGCCAAGCUCAAAAAGGCAGCCCCGCUGAUCCUAGCCGUGCGGAAGGCCAUCUACCCGAACGCAGCGAUAUCGUCGGUGGCCGCCGCUGGCGCAUUUCAGAAGGUCGCAUCAGAGAACGAGAAGACCUGGCAUUUGGCUGACCAGAUAGACGACUGGGCCCAGAAGAAAGCUCUUCGACACGUUCAACAAAAUAUCAUCAAGAACAGGUGA